GGAUACAAACUUUACAAAGAAACGUAAAAAAUAUCAUUACGUCAAGUCAAUGUCAAAUUGAAUUGAUAAGGCAGGCAGGGCAGCCAAGAAGGAAGAAUCAAUGAAUGUUUAUUUAUAUUUGUUUAUAAAUGAAAUAAGAUUCAAUAUAAGCGUUUAGAUAAACUUCCAUUUAUGACAAGUUUUCAAAUUCUUAUAUUAUAAAGGUAAUGUUAUAAAAAUAUGUCUAGAAACUCAAGGUCAGGAUUUGUUAUCAAACUUUCUUGUGAAACUGUUCAAAAAUUGGCCGAGGAAGAAGAACAAGCAAAAAUCAAGAAGGAAGAAGAAUCUUUUGAAGAAAUUGAUAAAAUCGACAAGAAAGAACAUGAAACAAACACGGAAAAAAAAGAUUUUGAGGUUAGAACUAAAGACACAUCAGAAAAACAAGAUGACAAACAGAUUACAGAUAGUGCUCAAAGUAAAAAAGAUCCUAUAGAAGACAUCGUUGAAAAGUCCGGGGAUAACAAAAAUCCUAUUAAAAAAUCAGAUUCAAACACAGAGAACAGUUCUUGGGGUGAUUACGCUCCAUACAUUUCUUAUGAAGGUGAAGAAGCAAUUUAUACAGAUCCAUCAACUCAACAUAAGUAUACAUGGAGCACAGAAAGUAAUUCUUGGAUUCCAAAAUCUGGUCAAGAAGUUCCAGGCAGAGUCUAUAGUUAUGAGGAUGAUACACAUAUUUACACUGAGGCAGAUGGUUCCAAAUGUUUUUGGGAUAAUGACAAGAAGGCAUGGAUACCGAAAGUUGAUGAUGAUUUUUUAGCUUAUUAUCAAAUGUCAUAUGGAUUUGUUGAUAAUACACAGAAAAGUAGUGAUACCGAAAAGCAGGAAUCAUCAAAGAAUAGAGAUGAGAAAAAAUCAGAAACACCAGGGGUUAAAAGAAAAAAUGAGCCACAAUGGUUUCAGCCUUCAGAAGAGACAAACACUAAAGUAUAUGUUUCAAAUCUCCCUUUAGAUUUGACUGAAGAAGAAUUUGUUAAUUUCAUGCAAAAAUGUGGUCUUGUUGAGCGAGAUCCAAGCUCACAGAAGAUGAAAGUAAAACUUUAUAUGGAUAAAGAGCAGAACUGUUUCAAAGGAGAUGCCCUAUGUACAUAUAUCAAGAUAGAAUCUGUUGAUUUGGCACUAAAAUUAUUAGAUGGAAGUGACCUCAAAGGAAACAAAGUCAAAGUGGAAAGAGCCCAUUUUCAACUAAAAGGAGAAUAUAACCCAGCGUUAAAACCUAAGAAGAAAAAGAAGAAAGAGCUGGAGAAAAUAAAGAAAAUGCAACAGAAGUUAUUUGAUUGGAGACCAGAGAAGAUUGUGGGUGAACGGUCAAAGCAUGAAAGAGUUGUGAUUGUUAAAAAUUUGUUUCACCCUACAGACUUUGAUAAGGAUGUUCAGCUUAUACUUGACUACCAGCAAGAUCUUCGAGAGGAGUGUUCUAAGAGUGGGGAAGUACGCAAAGUGGUGAUCUACGACAGACAUCCCGAGGGUGUAGCCCAGAUCACAAUGAAAGAGCCAGAAAUGGCAGAUGCUGUCGUGGAACUUAUCAAUGGGAGAUGGUUUGGGAAAAGGCAAAUUACAGCUGAAAUAUGGGAUGGCAGAACCAAGUUCAGGAUUGCAGAGACUGAUGCUGAUAUCAGUAAGAGGAUAGACGGAUGGGAUAAGUUCUUGGAUGGAAAGGAAGAUACUGAUAAGUCUAUCGACAAGACAGAUAAACAUAAGACAGUUGUGAGUGCUGAAGAUGUAACAAGUACUAACAUUUCGAAUAACCCAGAUAAUACAGGUGAAGAAAAGAUUGCAGCUCAAGAAACAAAAACCACAGAAGGAAAAGUGAAUGAAGUUUCAUAAGUAUUCAUUAAUUAAAUCACACGCUUUAUGCCAGCACUAAAAAUUUGUAUUAGUGAUGGCCACACAAAACAUAAGUGAUUAAUUAUUUUUUAAGUAAAUGUGGUAUAUUGAAUUAAAAUAAAGUAUUGAAAUCUG